AUGGCAGGCGCUGGCGAGCGCAAAGGCAAGAAGGAUGACAAUGGCAUCGGCACGGCCCUUGAUUUCGUGCUCUCCAAUGCCCGGCUGGUGCUGGGGGUGGGUGGAGCAGCCAUGCUGGGCAUCGCCACCCUGGCGGUUAAGCGGAUGUACGAUCGGGCGAUCAGCGCGCCCACCAGCCCCACCCGCCUGAGCCACCUGGGGAAGAGGAGCUGGGAAGAGCCGAACUGGAUGGGCUCCCCCCGCCUGCUGAACAAGGACAUGAAGGCCGGCCUGAGCCGCUCCCUGCAGACGCUGCCCACGGACUCCUCGGCCUUCGACACCGAUACGUUCUGCCCACCCCGGCCCAAGCCGUUGGCCAGGAAGGGCCAGGUAGACUUGAAGAAGUCACGACUCCGCAUGUCCCUGCAGGAGAAACUGCUCGCGUACUACCGGAACCGGGCCGCCAUCCCUGCCGGCGAGCAGGCGCGGGCCAAGCAAGCUGCCGUGGACAUAUGCGCCGAGCUCCGGGGCUUCCUGCGGGCCAAGCUGCCUGACAUGCCGCUUCGGGACAUGUACCUGAGCGGCAGCCUCUACGAUGACCUGCAGGUGGUGACGGCCGACCACAUCCAGCUCAUCGUGCCCCUGGUGCUGGAGCAGAACCUGUGGUCGUGCAUUCCUGGGGAGGACACCAUCAUGAACGUCCCCGGCUUCUUCCUGGUCCGCCGAGAGAACCCGGAGUACUUUCCUCGUGGCAGCAGUUACUGGGACCGCUGUGUGGUCGGGGGCUACCUCUCCCCGAAGACGGUGGCGGACACGUUUGAGAAGGUCGUGGCUGGCUCCAUCAACUGGCCGGCCAUCGGCUCCCUCUUGGACUAUGUGAUCCGACCGGCGCCGCCCCCAGAGGCCCUGACCCUGGAAGUGCAGUAUGAGCGGGACAAACAUCUUGUCAUUGACUUCCUGCCAUCGGUGACCCUUGGCGACACCGUCUUGGUGGCCAGACCGCACCGGCUGGCCCAGUACGACAACCUGUGGCGGCUGAGCCUGCGUCCUGCCGAGACAGCACGCCUGCGGGCUCUGGACCAGGCUGACUCGGGCUGCCGCUGUCUGUGCCUCAAGAUCCUCAAGGCCAUAUGCAAGUCCACUCCGGCUCUGGGCCACCUCACUGCCUGCCAGCUCACCAAUGUCAUCCUCCACUUGGCCCAGGAGGAGGCCGACUGGUCUCCCGACAUGCUGGCCGACCGCUUCCUGCAGGCCCUGCGGGGACUCAUCAGGUACCUGGAGGCCGGGGUCCUGCCCAGUGCCCUCAACCCCAAGGUGAACUUAUUCGCAGAGCUCACCCCAGAAGAAAUAGAUGAAUUGGGAUACACUCUCUAUUGCUCGUUGUCUGAGCCGGAGGUGCUGCUGCAGACGUAGGGCAGGCGCAGGCCGGAGUGGGUGUGGGGCGGUCGGGCUCUGGAUCCUCUGUCAGAAGCUCUCGGCCACGCGGUUGGUGCCGCGCGGGGUCCCUAGGUGCCUCCUGUCUUGCCCUGGUCACUUCAUGCUGAUUAGAAUGACAUCGCUUAAUUUCCUAUUUUCUCAAACCCAGCCCUUUCUAUUUUUGUUACCAAACACUGUGCUCCCUACUCCUCCGUGCCCCCUUGCUCCAGGCCGAUUUUCUGGAAUGAAUUGAGAAGAUGGAGCACCGGCCCGAGCUGUUGGAGCCGCUUGGCGUUCUGCACGCGGCCCAGGUGUUCUGCUCCCGGUGCCCUGCCCUUGGCCCUUGGCCUUUGGCCUGUCUCUCGCCAGUGUCUCCUCUGCCUUUCCCUUUUCCUCCUGUUUGCACCUUCUGUUUUGUUUCUUCCCUGGAGCACACCUGCCUGAUCCAGAUGUUGCCUUUAGUUGAAUGUCACCGAAGUUAUGAUUGCACAUUUCCAAGCUGAACUCUGCAGAGAGUGCUCAAGCAGUGUUCAGGGUACCUGGCGGUGAGGCAGUGCAAGAGCCGGCCUUUGACCUGGGUUCCUGGCAAAGAAGCCCAUUCCCCCAGUGUCCCGGCCUGCUCACAUCCGUAGUGCUGAGGAGGUCUCUCCUGGGAACACUGUUAGUGGCCCACAUGGGAGUGAGGGCCCAAGAAAAACUGGAUGCCACGUGUUUGGAGGUUGUGUUUCUUGGUGCCAUCAGCAGGGAGCUGGAGGUGGUGGGGGCCUGGGAGAGGUCUGUGUGCCUGACGUCUGCGCCCCAUCCCGGUCCAGACCGGUGCCACUGUGUGCGGGAGUCAGGCGCAGACCAGGGAGGAAGGAGCUGCAAGGGCAGCGCCCCUGCACGAGCGCUCUCGUUCACCCCUUCCUCCCCGAUUGCCAAUCAGGGCGGGGCCUUCAAGAACACAGCCUUAGCGGCAGAGGUCGGAGGGAGCCUGGCAGGCGGCACAACGGCAGCUGGAAGAUCCAGUCACCAACUGGUGCUCAGCGGCCACGUCUCUCCCCCGUCAGGCUCUGCCUUUGUAGGACGUUGCCUUAGAGCCAGAGCGAGAACAGGCCGGGCCAUCGGCUGUGGGUACGCGAGAGGGCCGUUGGUGAGCUCUCUAGGCACCUCCAGAGCCAGAGGCCAGCAGACGUGCUCGGACCGCUCCCCCCACCCCCAGGCCUGCCUCUGCCCAGCACCUGGGGAGAUCGGUGCUACCUGGGAGGAGUGCACACGGGUAAAACACACACGAGAGGGAGGUAGGGACUCCUAUGCUCCCUGUUUGCAGCUGCUGAAAUCGCAGUAUUUAUUAAAUGUAAAAAGGGACGCAAUGUAAAAAGUGUCCCGAGUGGGGAGAGGAGUGAUUAAUACACAAUGCCAGUGCUGCUUGUUUUGUGUGUGUUUUCCUGUUUGUGAGAAGAGCCUGGUGAUUCUGUUUCUGAUCCGCCCACCCAGUAUUUUGUUCAGCUCCCAGGAAGUGGUGGUGUGUUUUUCUGUUCCUACUACCUCUCCAAUCAGCGAUGCUGGGGAAGCGCUCUGCAGCUGUCUUGUUCCUUCCUGGCGACCACACCGUGAAGUGGCUCAGUGGCGCCCCUCUGAGUUUAGGGUAGGGAUUCCUGUUCCCUUUCUGCCAUGGAUUGGGGGGUUCAGAACUGGGGUUAACCUUGGCUAUAUUUGGAGAAUCUUCCUGCCUCUUACUGUAGUAAGGGUUCCUUAAAGCAGUUGAGGUUUCGUUUGUAUGAGGCUGUUGGGAGAGAAUGAGAAGUAUAAAGCCCGGAACCUGGAAAAAGAUUAUCUAGCCUGGCUGGUCAUCAGAAUCAAAUUGGAGUUUCAGAAACUCCGUACGCCCCGGUGCCGCCCUGGGCGAGUGCCUGGCGUGGCGUCCAGGAGACGGGCGGGCUGAGACGGCAUUGCCGAAGCCCAGGUCAUGCACGGAGACAGCGGGCUUGCUUUUCCUGGUCUCGUGCAGAACCGACAGUUUUCCCAAGCUCAAAAAAGAUUUUAAAGAUCAAGUCCCAGAUUAUCAAAGCUGAGUGUGAUUGUGAUUUGAGUUUAUCUCCUCUCUUAAAGAGCACCUUUCUCUGUCUCUGAACUAUGUUUCACAAAAACCAAAAUCCGUAACGUUGCCAUUGCACAAGCACGAACCUCGUAGAAGUCCUCAGAACGGGAAGCAGCGGAACCCCUGUCCUGGAGGCUUUGCCGGCCAACUCAGCGAGCCUCACCAUAAAGCACGGAGGACAGUCAGGGUCCUCAGGUUCUCGGGAGGAAGAGGGAGCGUCCUGUCCCCUCCACCUUUAAUCUUUGGGGAAGGAUGUGGUGCCUUCCCUGCCACUCUGUGUUUCUGCUCAGUAACUCCCGCCUUUUCUGACGUCAUAGCAUCUGGUCCCACUUCUCCGUCUGAGGGUUUUUCCCCACACCAUCUAGGCUAGCAAACCACACAGUUAGCCCACUGCUUAAAAAAAUACGCCCCAUCUUGACAUUUGAAUCAAUUCCAAAGUUAUUUUUUUUUCCUUCCUUAAAAAAAUGAGUUUAGGACACCAGUAUUUUUCUUUAUACACUUGGUUGUGACUUAUUUUUUUCAAAUAAAUAAUUGAAGCUCAUGUUUGGAAAAGCUGUGUCGAGGCCUACAGUCUUUCUUCCUGGGUCUCGGCCCCUGGUAUCAUCCACUGGUGGACACUCCCGAUUAGCUGGGUUUGCCCCCCUGUGCUCCACCGGCGUUGAGAGCGAAAAUGGUGUUGCUGGGAAGCAGCCUCAGGAUGUGAAGGCCCUGGAGAGGCCCCAGGGGGUUUCUGUAAGGAGGGAUCCCUGCAUGUGUCCUGAGCCCCCUGCUGCAGUCCGUCUCCGUGAGACCGGGACCCUGGCUGAGAACGUCUGCUGCCACAGGAUGCAUUAGAGCUCUGCCCUUCCUGCUGAAGCUCAAGGCCAAAGAGAUGCGUGGGACUAGAGCUGUGAGGCCGUCGCCCUUUUAGACACUGCUGACUCUGAGUGCCCAAAGUGCCAGGCACGGGGGUUCUGGAGUGAACGGAUACAGAGUGCUGUUACCUCUUCAUUCUGACCACCGUGUAGUCUUCAAAUUCUCGGUCCGAUGCCGCGUCCGCAGCUUGUCUCCCGGCCACUCGCCUGCUCUUCAGCAGCGGUUAGUGUGUUUGGCUGGCAGAUUUGGAGCCAGUCCCAGUCCUUCUGUCCUGUCUUGGGGAGCUCCAUCUAGAAGCAGCUCAGCCCUGAGACCCGGAGAACUGCUGUCCUUUUUCUCCUUGGGGGAGGAAACAGCUGGGGAACACAGUGUCCUCCCACGGCAUGGGGAGAAUAAAAUAAAAGCCUCCUUUCCAAAAA